CUUUGUGAUAACAGGAAGUCAUUCAAAUAAUCAUAAACUCUUCGGAACACAAAACAACGCUUAAGAUGCAAAAUAAAAAAGAAUUUUAGACUCAAAUUAUCUCAUAAUUAACUUACCAACCUAAAAAUGUUGAAGUCCAUGUACAUGAAUGAACUUGCAGCGAUUUGGUGUCAAAGAUCUUGGGUGAAUUGGCUCCAAGAAGGGGACCAAAAUACUAAUUUCUUCCACUCCUCUACUGCUCACAGAAAACAGAGGAACAAGAUAGUUUCACUGAAGGAUGAUGGUGGCAAAUUUAUUGAGCAUCCGACUGAAAUGUCCUCUCAUGUUAAUGGUUUUUACCAUUCGUUGUUCACUAAGUCAGAAGGUGUUGAGACUUCUUUCUUCAAAGACUUCCCUCAUUUUAGUGACUGAUGAAAUGAAUGAAGAUUUUUGCAGAGAUCCGUCUAUUGAUGAGAUAAAAGAUGCAGUGUUUGAUCUUGGACCUUUGAAGUCACCGAGACCAGAUGGUUUUGCGGGAAUGUUUUUUAGGAGAUUUUGGCCAAAAGUGGAUCCAGAUUUUUGUAAAGAAGUGCAAGAUUUCUUCCAUUCCUCGAUCAUGCCACAAGGUUGGAACGAUACUCAUAUUGCACUCAUUCCAAAGGUUCAAUCCCCUGAAAAGAUUUCACAGUUCAGACCUAUAAGUUGUUGCAACUUUAGGUACAAGAUUAUUUCGAUGAUUCUUGCUAGCAGGAUGAAAAAGUGGCUCCCAGGUUAAAUCUCUGAGAUGCAAGCUGCUUUUACGAGAGGACGGCUAAUUCAGGAUAAUAUUAUUAUUGUUCAUGAGAUUCUGCACCACUUUAAGAAUCGUCGGCAUGGUGAUUGGGAUAUGAUGAUUAAGCUAGAUAUGCACAAGGCAUAUGAUCUUGUUGAUUGGGAUUGUCUUGACUCUAUCAUGAAAGCCUAUGGUUUCUCAGAAAAGUGGCUAGGGUGGAUCAAUGCGUGCAUCAGAGCUGUUAAAUUUUCUAUUCUUCUGAAUGGCAGCCCAACUGAACCAUUCUUUCCAUCCAGAGUCAUUAGACAAGGUGACCCUAUAUCACCAUUCUUGUUCAUUCUUAUGUCUAACGCCUUGUCACUCUUAAUUGAAAGAGCUGUCUCGAGAGGCGACAUUCGAAGAAUCAAACUUAAUCAGAAUUGCCCAAGAAUCUCUCAGUGUUUAUUUGCAAAUGAUACAAUGAUCUUUGGUAAAGCUAGUGUGAAUGAGGUAGUUCAUAUUAAAGGCAUAUUGCGACAAUAUGGUGAAGCAACGAGCCAGGAAAUUAAUGCAACAAAGUCGUUUGUUUUCUUUAGCAAGAACACCCCUGAAGCAAUUAGGAUGUUGGUGACGAAUAAGUUUGGGUUCCCCCCUUCUAUCUGUCAUGACAAGUACCUCGGAGUUCCAACUGAGUGGGGAAGAUCAAAGAAAUGUUCUUGUUGGAAAGGAUGGAGAAGAAAGGAGAAUCUUGGAAGAGCUUGCUCUUGUCUCCGGGAGGGAAGGAAGUUCUCUUAAAAGCGAUUAUUCAAGCUAUCCCUUCCUUUAUUAUGAGUGUUUUCCUUCUCUCGCUUUCUCUUACAAACAAGAUGGACUCAAUUCUGAAAAGAUUUUUCUGGUCGGGUUCUAUGAAGAAGAAAUCUAUUCAUUAGUGUGAUGCCCGAGUGCUGGAAAGACCAAAGGAGGAGGGAGGUUUGAGAUUCAGGAAUUUCCAUCUUUUCAAUCUAUCUCUUAUUGGCAAACAAGUGUGGCGAAUGUUGGAAAAUCUUGAUGCUUUAUGGGUGCGACUGCUUAAAGGUCUCUACUUUGAUAAUGGGGAUUUGUUUUCAGCAACGAAAGGAAAGAAAGGGUCAUGGAUUUGGAAUGGUUUCUGUGAUGCAGAGAAUGCUUUGAAGAUUGGACUAGUUAAAGGCAUCAUGUCGGGUGAAGGAACAAAGUUCCACUGGGAUCCUUGGUUACCAUCUUAUCCAUCUUUCAUACUUAACAGCCUUAAUCUUGAGCCAUCACGUGUAUGUGACUGGAUCUCACCUUCUUCUCGAGCAUGGAAUGAGGAGGCUCUUCGUGAUGUUGUCCCGGAAGAGACAGUUAAUGUUAUUAAGAGAGUUCCGAUUGGUCCUUCAACGGCUCAGGACAAAUGGUUUUGGAAUUUCACCACCACAGGAGAUUACACUGUUAGUUCUGCUUAUCGGUCUUUACGGGAACAUCGCGACCAUGUUUAUUUGUCUAUAGGUGGAAUUGAGGCUCGCCCUAACUGGCAAGACUGGAAGUGAUUGUGGUCACUCGAUCUCACGCCAAAGCUUAGGUUCUGCAUUUGGAAGUGUGCUAAAAGUGCCAUAGCGACUCGUGCUCUAUUGUUCUCUCGCAUGUGUGCUCAGGAUCACUCUUGCCCCAUUUGUGAGGAACCAAACGAGUCAAUCUUGCAUGUCCUUUCCAUUGCCAGCAUGCAGCGAGCACGUGGGAAUGCUUUGGAGGACUUUCGAGCUUUCCUACUUCUGACAUGCCCUUCUCAAAGUGGGUUUUUAACCUGAAAGAGAGUCUAUCAGAUAAUGUUAUUAAAAGGAUUGCCUGGUGCUUAUGGAGUAUUUGGAUUGCUCAGAAUGAGUUCGUUUUCAAGCAAAGGGCUAUUUCCCCGCCCACCUUGGCUGCUUUAGCAUACAGGGAUUUUCUGAGCUUGGUUGAAGCCAGAAAUUGUCCCCAAGCCUCAUCUUCUUUCGGUCAGCUUUGGAGCCUUCUCAGCCUGGGGAAUCCCGUUCACACCCCUCACCACCGCCUCUCGCUGUCCAAAAGAUUGUGCACUGUGAUGGGUCUUUUGUUUCUGAUUCACAGGUGGCGGCUUAUGGGAUUACUAUUGCUUAUUCUCAUGGUCAGGUGUAUGACGGCAAGGUUGAGAGUUUUCUUUGUUCCAGUCCGAUUCAGGCGGAAGCUUAUGCCAUCCUUAAUGCAGUGUUUCUCGCAACUUUGGAGCCUUGUUCUACAUCCAUCAAAUCUGAUUGUCGGGUUUUGGUCAACGCUUUGAGGCAAGAUCCGGACUCUUGGCCAUGGCAAUGUCGGGCUAUUUUAGCUCGUGUUAAUCCCAUCCUCCUCUCAACUCCCUGGGUGACUGUUGAGUUUGUCCCUCGACGCCUCAACACGUUAGCAAAGGAAUCUUCUCCUGAGAGAAUGAGUUGUAAUUACUGAUCUUUUAGCUCCACUACGGUAAUCUUUAGAUGUUGCCCCUGAUUUGGUUUGGAAUAAAGAUGUCACUAUUUGUAUUAAAAAAACAUGUACAUGUGUGUAUAAGUAUUACCUUAAUAAAAAAAUCUAUAUCCCUCUUAUAAAAAAAAAGAUUAGUUACAAGAGGAAUACUGGUCAAAAGGUUUGUGGCAAAAGAAUAAUCUCAUGUAACUCUCCUGAAUAGGGGUGGUAAUUGUUCGAUCUGGUAAAUCCUUUUAUCAUUAUAUCUAUUAGUGCCAAAUUGCUACCGGCUAUCGUUACCAGGAGAAAACCGAUUAAUCGAUUAACGGUCAGCAACCGCUUAGUUUUCAAAUUUUUCUAAGUGUGCAGUCAGUGGGAUUUGCUCAAGGCAAGCAGCAUCAGAUACAUUGGAGCAGUAGCAUCAGUUGUACAUAAUUAGCUUGGACCAGAUGAUCGCUUCCCUAACUACCAAAAGAGGUAUUUCCACAAAAAAAUAAGCGUUGAACAACCAGAGCUACGAUGGUGAAAGCUUAAUAUGAUCGACCAUUAGUACUGUGUAAUAGCACUAGGAGUUGGAGGCUUGGGGUAGCUAGCUAGUCUCAUCUUCCACUGAGCUAUAUAUCAUCCGAUACGGUGAUAACCGCCGGUUAAUAACCGGAUAUGACCCAGUAUACCGAAUGCAAUCUAUCAGCUACCGCUCACCGAUUUCGUUGAUUACCGGUUCGGUAACCGGUUAAAUCGUUAAAUGGCUAACCGAUCAUCACCACCCCUACUCCUGAAUGUUUCCAUUAGCAUAUCUGGCAAUACAAGCACAAUUCUGAACAGAAUCAUUCUGCCUGGCGCGUGAAAUAAACUCAAAACAUGAAUGAAAGUUUCACUGCAAG